UGGAACGUUUAGUUUUCUAAGAUAUUCUUAGUUUAUUAUACUGUUAAAGUUCUUAAAGCUGUUGAAGCGCUUUUCUGUGGUUCUACGUGUAAAAUACGAGAAUUCUGAAGAUGUUUGAACCUGAACAACUUUUAAAUCCUCCAGAAAACCGCCCCACUGAUUCAAAACGUGAGGAAUUUCGAAAAUACCUCGAUAACUCAGGCGUGCUUGAUGCUUUAACAAAAGUUUUAGUUGAACUUUAUGAAGAACCAGAGAAACCGUCAAAUGCAGUAAAUUUUGUAAAACAACAUAUUGGUGGUGUGGGAGCAGCGGAUGCUAAAUCCGAGUACAUAUCAAAUUUGGAAGCAAGAAUAAAAGAUCUUGAAUCAGAAGUAUACGAUCUAAAAAUAAAGCUUGAAAAAGAAGAAAGGAAAGAAGAAAGCGAUCAGAACUUAAAUGAAGAAAAUGCAGAUUAAAAAAAAUUUCAUUGGGGUUUUCAUAUUUUACGAUGCUUUGUAUAUUAUGUACUACAUAUUGCACGAGUUUUUUUAAUUUAUUUAUGUCUAGUAAAAUAUAAACUUGUUUUAUGCUAAAA